CAAAAAUUAGAAAUGGAGCGGAAAGCGACUGAGUAAGAUCUUUCACCUUCUAUAUAAACCUUAGUUCUGCUCCGGCGACAUCGUCGGGAUACCGCUAGUGAUUAACGGUGGUUAUGGAUACCCUCCGAUUCGAGUUAAGCUCAGCUUCCUUCACUUCCGCCGUCACCGCCUCUUCUUUACACAGUCACUCACGGUAUUUCUUCUCCUCAGUGCAACUCGGCCGAGUCGGCUCAUCAUCUCCGGCGAUCACAUCGGUCUCGAGGACGACAGUGAAUGAAAUCUGCACGGCGGAUGAACUUCACUACGUUCCUGUUCCCAACUCCGAUUGGCGCGUCGCUCUCUGGCGAUAUCUUCCUUCCCCAAAGGCACCGAAGAGGAACCAUCCUUUGCUUCUAUUGUCUGGGAUUGGGACCAAUGCUGUUACAUACGAUCUUUCCCCUGAGUGUUCCUUUGCAAGAUCCAUGUCUGGAUCAGGAUUUGAUACAUGGAUUCUUGAGCUCCGUGGAGCCGGGCUGAGUUCUCUCAGUGUUGAUACAAAUCUUGGUAAAGGCAAUAACCAGCAGCGGAUAGUCUCGAAUCUAUUGGAGAAUUUCAUAAGUGUAUCUGAAAGGCUGGAAAAUGUUCUUGAUGGAGGUUCCAAGAUCCUUGGGAUGCAAGACCGUCUAUCGAAGAGAGCGGGAGAUUUCAAGCAGCGGUUUGAACUUAUCCCUCAUUACAAUUGGGAUUUUGAUAACUAUCUAGAAGAAGAUGUUCCUUCUGCGAUGGACUAUGUAAGGACUCAAACCAAGUCAAAAGAUGGAAAGUUGCUAGCAGUUGGUCACUCAAUGGGUGGUAUCUUGUUAUAUGCCUUGCUCUCAAGAUGUGGCUUUAAAGGAAUGGAUUCAGGUUUGGCUGGUGUCACCACUCUCGCAUCAACAUUUGACUAUUCAUCCUCAGGAACACUCCUCAAGUACCUAUUACCAAUGAAAGAGCCUGCACAAGCUAUUAACCUUCCUAUCAUGCCAAUUGACACAAUGCUCGCUAUGGCUCACCCUCUAAUGUGUCGUCCUCCAUAUUCUUUGUCCUGGUUAACCGCUAAUAUCUCUGCUCCUCAAAUGAUGGACCCUGAAGUUAUUGAGAAGCUUGUUUUGAACAGCUUAUGCACAGUACCAGUCAAGCUUCUCUUGCAGCUAACAACAGCCGUGGACCACGGUGGGUUGCGUGACAGAACCGGUACUUUCUGUUACAAGGAUCAUAUCAGCAAAACAAAUGUGCCUAUCUUAGCUCUUGCAGGGGACUGGGACAUAAUCUGCCCUCCCGAUGCAGUAUACGAUACUGUAAAGCUGAUUCCAGAACAUCUAGCCACUUACAAAGUUGUAGGAUCACCCGGAGGUCCACAUUAUGGCCACCAGGAUCUAAUUUCGGGUCGAACGGUAUGUACUAUGAUCAACACCUCUUCAUUCAUUUACGAGUCAUAUCGGUCGGUUUUGUAUUCAACCUUUCAUUCUCCCUACAGGCUCGGAACGAAGUAUAUCCUCUGAUUACUAGAUUUCUUCAACAACAAGAUGAGAGUUAAGAUCAACAAGAAUGCAAAUGAAUUUUGAUUCUUGUUUCUGUACAUAUAACAUUCCAUAUAUACAUUUAUGUGUACAAAUCUUCAUACAGUUAAACUCACAAGCACUGUAUACAAAUUAAAUACAAAUGAUACCUUUAAUUGAUCUCGUGUAUGUGUAGAUUACACUAAAGAUAAACGAUGUUACUUGCACGUAACAAUCUCAUCAUUUUCAUGUGACUAAUAUAAAUACUAGAUCUACCUAACAUUUUUGUAGUCGACGACCUAAUUAUCACCAACAAAAGAUGAACAAACCCACACGCAAUGUGGGGUUCACAAUGUCUCCG